AUGGGAGUUUGGAAUUUGUUGCUGUUUCGCGGCCAUCGUGAGCCCACACGGCCGAAGUUCGUUGAAAUCAGAUCGUCCCGGUUAUUUGUUCUGUCCGCGGUUUCUUUUGCUAUAGGCACCGAUAUUUUUAUGUACGGUCUGAUCGUCCCCGUUACCCCAACCGCGCUAGAAGAUAAAGUUGGACUACCGUCAGGUAAUGUUCAAUCAUGGACUUCCAUUCUGUUAGCCUUAUACUCUGCAUCUCUUUUGGCCUUUUCUCCAAUUAUCGGACAUAUAGCAGACCGAGCCGGAUCUAGACGAUGGCCACUACUUUCGGGUCUUAUAGCACUCGGUGCUGCAACUGCUCUGCUAUGUGUUGGAACCAACCUCGGCCUUUGGAUCGCUGGUCGAAUUUUCCAAGGCGCAGCCGCCGCUGUGGUCUGGACCGUCGGUCUGGCAUUGUUAAUUGACACGGUUGGUGAAGAGGGACUUGGCCAGGCUAUUGGAUAUGUAUCCAUGUCCAUCAGCGUAGGGACGUUAGGCGGCCCUCUUUUGGGUGGUGUCCUUUAUCAAAACGGCGGCUACUAUUCUGUCUUCGGGAUAGCCUUUGGGUUUAUUGCUAUCGACAUUCUUCUCCGCUUGGCAUUGAUUGAGAGGCGGCAUGCUCUCCCGUGGCUUGCAUCAGAAGAAACACCAACGGCGAGCUCGACACAGAUCAGCAAAGAAAAUUCUUCCCCGGCUCCUGAUACAAUCGAAUCCCCCGCCGUCUCCGUCGACUCGAAGCCACAGUCUCAGGAAACAGCCGAAAAGGCAUCCCCAGGUCUCUUACGACAGGUCACAACGCUGCUCAAGUCGUAUCGUCUAGUCGUGGCGUUCUGGGGCUACUUUGUCAUGUCCUUAGUCAUGACCUCUUUCGACAGCGUCCUACCUCUUUUUGUCAACGAGACGUUUGGAUGGCAACAGACAGCACAAGGACUGAUCUUCAUUCCACUGAUGGUACCACACGUCCUAGACCCGGUCAUUGGGUGCAUCAUCGAUCGAUUUCCCAAAUCACCCCGUUAUCUCAUCACUGCCGGCUUUCUUGCUGCAGUUCCUUUUACCGUUCUUUUACGGCUUGUCACAGACAACACGAUGCAUCACAAGAUUUUACUAUGUGCUCUACUCGCUUUGAUUGGGGUUUGUCUUGUGACCGUGAUGACUCCGAUUGUCGCCGAAGUAUUCCACGCCGUCAAGGAGAUAGAAGACAGGUCUCCCAAUAUCUUCGGACGUGGGGGUGCAAUGGCUCUGGCCUUCGGCCUGUCGAAUAUGGGCUUUGCAACGGGCAGUCUCAUCGGUCCGUUCUUUGCUGGAUUCAUCCGUCAGAGUGCCGGCUGGGGAACGAUGGGAUGGGCCAUGGGAUUGAUAUCCGGAGUGACUGCCCUGCCUUGCCUGCUUUUAAUCGGUGGUUGGAUCUUGAAAAAUCCCGCCCCUGUGAAUACUGAAGAUCCGUCGGACCUUCAAUAA